AGAAGCUUCCUUCAGCCAAUGCUGGGAGAGGAGGAACAAGGAGGUGGGGGCAUCCUCACAUGAACAAGCAUGAGAGCCAAAGGAGGGAGGAGGCUGGGAUGGAAGCGACACGGCAUGUGCCUUACCAGAAGCCUUGCUGGUGCAUGCUCUGAACAUCUUAUUAAUUUUUAAAGGGAUGCUGCCUGGAAUGCGUGCUGGAAGGGGCGGGGAGCUGGCUGGGCGCCAUGCCCCUUGCCAGGGCUCUUGUUUUUGUUCUUCUCCGGGUUCCGCGUGGUCUGUCUCAGACCCAAGAAGGGCAGCAGUUCAUGCUUUUUCUCCGGCGGCGGGGGAAGCGGUCAGUGCGGUUCCCUUUCAUGUUUGCAAAGGAGUUUUGUCCACAAAGAGUCCCCUGCUAGAGGAGAUUCAUUCUGGGCAACUUUCUCCGGCAGUCCAGGCUUUUCUUCUGGUGCCCGGAGGGAUGCGGAUUGAACCCAGUCCAUGCAGGAGUUCCUUUGAAGUGGACGCUGGACAGGUCCCAAUUAAUGGAUUCUGACAUGGAUUAUGAAAGGCCAAACGUAGAAACUAUCAAGUGUGUUGUGGUUGGGGACAACGCCGUGGGCAAGACGAGACUCAUUUGUGCCCGUGCGUGUAAUGCCACACUGACACAGUACCAGCUUCUUGCGACUCAUGUGCCCACCGUUUGGGCCAUUGAUCAGUAUCGUGUUUGCCAGGAGGUCUUGGAGCGCUCCAGAGAUGUCGUGGAUGAUGUUAGUGUUUCCUUGCGUCUUUGGGAUACAUUUGGAGACCAUCACAAGGACAGGCGCUUUGCUUAUGGAAGGUCGGACGUUGUAGUAUUAUGCUUCUCCAUCGCAAACCCUAAUUCCCUUCACCACGUGAAGACGAUGUGGUACCCUGAAAUCAAGCACUUCUGCCCCCGAGCUCCUGUCAUCCUUGUAGGCUGCCAGCUUGACCUUCGCUACGCUGACCUGGAAGCAGUAAAUCGAGCUCGGAGACCCUUAGCCAGACCGAUCAAGCCCAAUGAAAUUUUGCCUCCAGAGAAGGGCCGAGAGGUGGCCAAAGAACUGGGGAUCCCCUAUUACGAAACCAGUGUAGUUGCCCAGUUUGGAAUCAAGGAUGUCUUUGACAACGCGAUCCGAGCCGCCCUGAUCUCCCGCCGGCACCUCCAGUUCUGGAAGUCCCAUUUGCGUAAUGUGCAGCGGCCGUUGCUCCAGGCCCCUUUCUUGCCCCCCAAGCCGCCUCCCCCCAUCAUCACCGUCCCUGAACCCCCUUCCAACAACGAAGAGCGCCCGGCUCACCUGCUGGAAGACCCCUUGUGUGCGGACGUCAUUCUGGUGCUGCAAGAGAGAGUCAAAAUCUACGCGCACAAGAUCUACCUCUCCACCUCCUCCUCCAAGUUCUACGACUUGUUCCUGAUGGACCUGAGCGAGGAGGACCAGCAGGAGACGACAGGACGUGGCGCCGGGACGGGUGUUGCGGAGCGGACUCUGCACCAGGAGCGGCAUCACCACGGUCGCGAGUUCCUCUUGAGAGCGGCCAGCUUUGAUAUCUGCGAGAGCGUUGACGAAGCUGGCUCCGGCCAGCAAAAACCGUGCCUUAGAGCCUCCACCAGCGACGGGAUCCUGCGGGGCAAGAACUACGGGGAACGGGAGCUCAGGCGGGGGAGGAUCCUCUCCGCGUGGAGCCGUGCCUUUGUCAGCAUCCAGGAGGAGAUGGCCGACGACCCCGUGACGUACAAACCGCGCCCGAUGGUGGUGGUGAAGAUGGACCCCUCCAUCCAGCUGGGGCCCUUCAGGGCGGUGCUGAAAUAUCUCUACACCGGGGAGCUGGACGAGAACGAGAGGGACCUCAUGCACAUUGCCCACAUUGCCGAGCUGCUGGAAGUCUUUGACCUCAGGAUGAUGGUGGCCAACAUUCUGAACAACGAGGCGUUCAUGAACCAGGAGAUCACCAAAGCCUUCCACGUCCGGAGAACCAACCGGGUUAAAGAGUGUCUGGCAAAGGGGACUUUUUCUGAUGUCACCUUUAUCCUGGAUGAUGGUGCUAUCAGUGCCCACAAGCCGUUGCUAAUCUCCAGCUGUGAUUGGAUGGCUGCCAUGUUCGGAGGUCCCUUUGUAGAGAGCUCAACUCAAGAGGUGGUGCUACCUUACACCAACAAGAGCUGCAUGCGAGCAGUGCUCGAGUACCUGUACACCGGCCAGUUUUGCUCCACGUUGGACCUCGAUUACAUGAAACUCAUCAUUCUGGCCAAUCGCCUCUGUCUGCCACACCUGGUUGCGCUCACAGAGCAGUUCACUGUGUCUGGUCUGAUGGAAGUGACUCCGAUGUUAGUGGACAUUGAUGGGGACGUCCUUGUGUUCCUGGAGUUGGCACAGUUCCAUGGUGCCUACCAGCUUGCCGACUGGUGCCUCCAUCAUAUCUGCACCAACUACAACAACAUUUGUCGCAAGUUCCCUCGUGAGAUGAAAGCCAUGUCAGCAGAGAACCAAGACUACUUUGAGAAGCACCGGUGGCCCCCCGUCUGGUACCUGAAGGAAGAGGACCAUUUCCAGAGAGCCAAGAAAGAGCGGGAGAAGGAAGACUACCUCCACCAAAAGCGGCAACCGAAGCGGAGGUGGCUCUUCUGGAACGCCUCCUCCCCAUCCCAGUCCCCUUCUUCCUCAGCCACAGCUUCAUCAUCAUCUUCCUCCUCCUCCUCCGCUGUGGUCUGAGAGGUUCGCUGUCCCAUGCUUCAGUCUCUCCGAUAAGGAGAGAGUCAGCCACCAUCCAGAGCCAACCUCUGGUCCAGCCGGCUCGAAGGGAGGAAAGGAGAGGAGAGAGAGAAUGGCACCAUCCGUAGAAACCCUCAGUGGAAACAAACGAGCAUGAAUAUCCCUGGGAGGUUCAGGCGAAUCCGCACAGACGGAGCUCGGAGCCGGAGCAUCCUCCAUCCUCACGCAGAGCGGCCCCGAUCCCUGCCCCAGCCAGCCAGCCAGCCUCGGUGCCCCGUGCCCAGACAGAACGGCAGCCGGAACGAUUUCCUUCACAACGGGCUCACUUACCUAGCAGGACAAUCCUCAUGUUUACAGGAAUGCAAGAGGUUUUUUAAAUAAAGUACAAGAAAGAGAAAAAAAAACAAAGUCUGCUACACAGAAAUGCAACAGAUCUGCAGUGUUUUUAAAUUAUUAUUUCUUUGAGAAAGGCAAAAAACAAGUUAUUUGGUGCCUCGCAUUUGUGCCGUAACAUUUCAAGCUGCAGUAGAUGCUGUGUCCCAAGUCUGUUCCCCAACUCCCCUUUGUUGACUAGGUGGGCCACCUUUUUUUUUAGUUGCACUUAAUCACCCCGAUGCUUGUCUUUAGGAUGUUUGCUUACAGGCUGGGCACAUAUCCUGACAGCAGCAAAAGGCUAUGAAACCUCCUUUGCUAAAGCCAAGCCCUGGAAGAAAGAAGGCCGUGGCUGAUAAGAAACUAAGUUGGGAAGGGAUCCAUUGCAGCCCUGGAAGGGGAAAGAAACCAGCCAACCUAGGCUGAGAAAAAUGCUGCCUCGCCUCUUCUUGCUGCACCGUGUUUUUCUAAACUUUGUCAGUAGCUUGCAAAACAAUCUAAAACAACACCAGUCGGUGAUGGCAAGGACCUUUUGGCCUGUUUUGGCCAGGAUGUUUGGGAGUGUAGUGCUAGGAAAUCCCAAGGUGUUGACACUCUUGUUGUUUUUAAAAAAAAUGAAAACCAACCAAUACACAAACAACUUGGAUUUUAAUGUGGAAGGUUCUGUUGUAAUAAAUGGUAUUUUAAAAAGACA